GGCUGCAUACGCGCGGUGGCGGGGAGUGAGGAUGGCGGAUAGUGAUGUUGAACCAGCACCCGACUGGAGUAAUCGGCUGUCUAAUUCUGCCGAGGACACUUUCGUCGCCAUGGAAUGCUUGCUGACUACCUUGAGAGCCCUGGAAGCAACGCUCUGGCAACAAGACAUGUCGGAAAUAUCUUCCACCGAAUAUUGCGACAACUUCUGCCAGGCACUGAUGCACUAUGCUGGGAGCAGGAAUUCUGUGGAGCAUGGUCUUCCCCUUCUGGAGGUCUACUGCCUGUCCAUCAACUGCUUUGCUGCUGCAAGGCCACACCUCACCGCAGACUCUGAUAAUGUGGCCCUCGUGUUAAAGAGACUAGCAUUGAGCUGUUUUGAACUGUUGCUAUCUGUGCCUGAAAAUGAAAUCCCUUAUGAGGCCUGGGUUCAAUUUUACCGUUCUGUUCAGGUGGCACAUGAUGCCUUGUUGGAGUAUGGGAGCGCAGACCUGCAAGCCUUGCUCCAGAUCACAGGAGAGGGGGGAGCGUGGAGUAACCCUGUCCUAAGCGCCCUUCUCACCGGUCGCCCCACAAACAUAGAGGAAGUUGAGGCGUACAUCGCCUUGGAGGGGGAGGGCUUCAUGGAGAUGCGGGUCAAACACUUGGAGAAAAUGGGGGAGGUGGCGAAGGCUGUUGUGCUGGCUAAGUCAUGUGCCGAAUGCCACCUCGUCUCCAACCAAACCACCUUCCGGCAGACCUACGUCUCUCUCCUCUGCCACCUGCUGCCCGGUGAGGAGGCCAUCAUGGAGAUAUCCAGGCUGGACUGUAAGGAUGUGCUGGAUAUUACAUGCAGUUUGGAGACAGAGGGGGAGGAAAACACAGCCUUCAUCCUGUGCACCACCUUCCUAACUCAACAGCUGCAGCAGCAAAGCCUGUACUGCUCCUGGUGUGUUUUUAGUGGUCAAUGUCAAAUCCUGGGAAGCAUAUGGAUAAAUUGAAGUGAAUGGAGCUCACACUGUUGUGGAGUAAGCUUCAGAGAAGGAUUGACCCAUCUUUGGAAUCACUGCUGGAGCGUUGCCUGCAGCUAGGUGCCAUUGCUAAGACCGUUUACCAUCUGCUCUUCCUUGUGCACGUCAUUCGGACAGAG